GUUGGGGUCCGUAAGAAAACUGAGGAAACAUCGCAACGAGCGUCUAUUCCACCUAUGAUCGAUCAUCAAUCAGCGCCCAUUGACCUUUCCAUCUGUAUGAGCACAAAAGAGGUCGCCUCACUCAGCCUGCCAGCAGGAAACACCCUGGAAAAGCACAUAUAUACCUCCCAGAGUCAAUCGUGGAGCCCUCUCAGCUGAUCUCCAACUCCCGUCUUUUUUGAUAAAAAACAAAAAAACCCUCAAGUGGUACCAGUCCUCGGCUUGUCCAUCCCGCAUUCACAUCUUCUACCACAUCACCAAGGGGAGCUUUUUUGCAAUGAUCCGAUCCUUCGCUCAAUUACCAUGAAGUUUACAGCACCUUCGCAGCUCUCUGUGAGGGUGUCGUUGCUUUCGUUCAUCAAUCUGACGCCUCUGCCCCCGUGCAUUCAUACAAAUCAAUCGACAUGGCAUCGCCGGCCAACUCAGUACCCGAUACGCAGCUCGGCCUAACCAACGACGAGAUCGCCCUCCUGCGCCAUCACCAGCAAGCAGCUGCCUCUACUGCUGGUGGAUCUUCCUCACGAGCUGCCUCGCGCGCUUCCUCCCAAGGCCUCCUUCUCCUCGAUGGCUCUUCUCUCGCCGCGUUAGGCCGGCAUUUUGACCGCUUGAUGCAACAGAUACAGGCCCGAUUAGACUAUUUGGCAGAACAAUCGCAAAUGGUAGCUCAACAACAAUACGAUAGGGCAGGAAAUGCGAUUGCGCUAGCAGAUUCGGAGAUUGCAAGAUUCCACGAUAUAUUGAGGCAGAUUGAUGAGUUGGAAGUUGAUUUUGAUCGGAUAAGGCAUAUAAGAGACAUCGUCAGGAGCUACAGACAAAGGGUGGAAGAGAUGGAGCAGCAAAUGGAACAUAGUGGCUCUAGCAGCCGUCAUCGACACAGACACCAUGGAGAGAGCUCUGGAAGCUCAGGCAGGAGACAUCACCGACACUGAUGCUGUCCAAAGAAUAUUGGAUCGGCAUAUGCAGGAAGGAAUACAUUAUAUGGUCACACGACCGACAUAACAGGACAAAGUAGGGUCGUGGAUAUACCAAGACCCCUUUGGCUAGGAGGGAGCAAGAGACACAGGCCUCACGGCUGGAAGAUGGAUAAGCCUCGCGGCUCACUGAUUUGGCGUUGAUUGUUUGACUUUUGGGGUUUCUUUGUGCAGCGUUAAUACCCAAAAAGCGUCUAGGGAUGGGGGGGGAAUACUGGCUUGUAAGAGUGUGGCUUUUGGACUGUAGCUGUGGGUGAAUAUGUUCUUAGUUUAUAAUAUUCUUAGCAUCUCAAAUGAGAUGAUGUUCAUGGCUUCAGUUCUAGUAGUUCCUUGGUAAAUAUGUUUCAAGCUUUACAGCAAAC